AUGAUACGUUCAUGGUUUGUUCCAGAUUUCAGUAAACAGAGGUGUCCCUUCUCCAUGGAAUUGGUUAUUCAAGACAAAGAGACUGAAAUUUCUGAAGGGCAUGUUUAUGCCAUCCAAAAUUUCAGUGUGGCUCCCAAUUCUGGAAUAUACAGAACUACGCACCACCCUUAUAAGAUUAAUUUCCAGUUUGGUACAAAAGUUAGUUUGCUUCAUGGUAACUUGGUUCCUGAUAUGAAACCACAAUACACACCUUUGUCCUUAUUGACAACCACUGGAUUUGAUACUGAUUAUUUAGUUGAUAAGGUUCAAGUUCAAAAUUGUAAGUUCUACACUAGGAUUAAGUACAAUGUUAACUUCAAUGAGGCAUCUGAACUAAAAUCAAGAAUGUUUGAGAACAAUGAAUCUCCCUUUCAAGGAUUAACGCAGCUCUCUCAGACUUCCAAACAUACUGUGGAGGAAGAAUUUUUAACUCUUACACCUAGGACGACCAUUCAAGGUCUUAAAGAUUGUAAAGAGGUUACCACUUACAUAUUGUUGGGAACCAUUAAGCAUAUUUUGGGUGAGGAUGAUUGGUGGUAUACUGCUUGUCUUUGCAACAAAGCUGUUUAUCCAGAUUCAAAGAUAUAUAGGAUCAAGAUCCGAGUUAUUGACUCAUCUAAUCCAACCACAUUUAUGCUGUUUGAUAGGGAUGCAACCACCAUUUUCAAAAAAAGUUGUGCUGAUAUGUUAGAGACUCAUGAUAAGAUGAAUGCUUCUGGAAAUUUGCCUAAGGAGUUUGAUCAGUUAGUUGAUAAAAGUUUGUUGUUUAAAGUUGAAAGUAGGAACGAUCACACUUUCAAACUUGAACAGUCUUUCAGAGUGAAGAAAGUAUGUGUUGAUGAUGAUAUCAUUCAGAAGUUCAAUGAUUCUUCGAUGAAAUCUGUGGAUGUUUAUGCUGGGAAUGAUGAGUUUAGCAGGCAAAAACAACAUGUAGUCAAUGAGUCCACAGUUGAUAUUGCAGAGGAUUUAUUAGUCAUAUUUACCAAAGAAACAAUUGAGUGUGGAUCCCAAUCACCUGACUUAAUCAAAGAUAAUGCAACGAAUGAUGAUGGUAACAGUUCACUUAAGAGAGAAUUUGCAAAGAAGACUGCAUCAUUUGAAUCCAUUGAAGAAGACAGUGUUCCUUUGAAGCUGCUAAAAAGAAAUAUUAAGAAGGAAAAAUCAGUUAUUUGA